GAGUUCUCCUGCUUUGCUUUGCUUUGCUUUAUUUCAUGCCAGCAGCUUGGCAUUACAGCAUUUUGCGUUCAGCUCGCCGAGGCGAAGCGUUUGUGUGCAAUGUUCUGAUAGAUGUUUAGUGUGUCGAUGCGUUAUCGUUGACAAAGUUCACUGUGCCCGCAGAGAUUUAUAAGCCGUGAACUUUUAUUAAAUAUGCAAUAAACUUGUGAACGAAUGAACGAAGUUUAAGGAUGACAAAACGACCACCGAUGAAAAUGAAGAUUUGCAGAUGUUAGAGAAGAAAUCGAAGAGAUGAAGCUAAUUGCGCUAUUAUUAACUUUGGCAUUGACAAAUGCCCAACAGACAAACAAUACCACUAGAAAAAUACCGAAGAGGAGCUAUGUGUGUCCUCCCCAUUUCAUGAGACUCAGCCACAGGUGUUACUAUUUCAGUAAAGAAGCAGCAACGUGGCAAGAUGCCUAUUUCCAGUGUAGGGAUCUUCACAGUAACCUUGCCAUUGUCAGAAAUUCAAAUCAGGACAAACUUAUCAGAAGAACUUUGAGCAAAAAGACUUUAGAACCUCUGGAAAGGUGGCUUGGUGGUCUCUAUGACUGGGAACAAAUGACUUGGAAGUGGGGAGCUUCUGGCAAGCCUGUCAUCUAUCAAGGGUUCUCUCAAAUGGAACCUGAAGAUAAGGAGAAGUUGCGGUGGCACUGCAUCAUCGUUGAUCCAAAACUCCAAUUCAAGUGGAACACUCGGAGUUGUUUGGAACAAAAACACUUUAUUUGUCACACUAAAAUCAAAAUCGUCACUAGUAAAGGUAAAAAGAAGUUGUUGCGACAAUACAACGUCAACAAAUACAACAAAUUGAAUGAAAUUCCGGUUCCCACCAUACCAGAAGAUGCUAACUACAACACCACGAGUUUGAAAGCUGUCAACAUUAACAAUGCGCAGUUUGCUCUUAAGCCCAAGGAGCGGAAACGCAGAACUCGGAAGAACAAGAGGAAAAAAGUGAACUUGGAAGAUAGUGGCUACAACAGUACAUUGGGUGAAAGAAGACGACGACAAAAGAAUAAAGAAGAAGGCGACUUGUCUAUGGAGCGGAUGAAAUGGAAGACGUAUUACAAAGAUUCGACUUUGAAUCCAUUGCAUCCUAAACCCAUUGUUGAAGAGUUCAACUAUGUGAAGGAAGCUUAAAUUGUGGACUAAACUUAGUGUUAAGUGUGUAAAUGUACUUUUGUAUUAUGGUUUAAUAUUUUGUAUUUAUGUACAUAUUUUUUGCUUCAUUUUGUGUUAAUUUUGAAUGUUUUGGUGCUAGCAGGAGUGGAGUUAGAGUGGCGACUUAGGUCGAACCACUUGAAAUAAGUCUAAGUCUGGUCCUGUCUACAUUAUAAAGUAUUACGAUUUUCUGUUAAACUAUUAUUUGUAAAAAAACAUUAUAAUGGAUAUUUAUGAUAAAUAAAAAAUAAUCUAUA